AUGAAUAACAAGUGGAUGAGGAAUCAGACGGCGAUGUACUCGAACGAUCCGAUUUUGAAUGCGCAGCAGCCACCACCACAGAUGUUGUUUCCCGAUAGCUCGCAAAAUCAAAUUCCCGAUGGGAUUCGAUUUGCGAUUAUUGAAGCGGUUAGUCGGAGACCGGGAAUCUGGAAUUCGCAAAAGAGAAAAAUGGAGGAGCAAACCGAAAACGGCUGCUCAUGGAGGUUGCCGAAACCGUCAGCCAACAGUUCAAUUUGA